AUUUUGUUAUGCACUUAUGCACUUACAUAUUUUAAAGAAAACUGCAUUGUUUAAUAAAAUAACAUUGAAAAGAUGUCUUUGUCGGUAGACAGCAAUAAGUCCCUGCUGAGGAAGGGCGAUAUGAAGCUGGAGAACUACCCCACUUGUGCGGUGGAGGCACUUACUCGACUGGAAACCUUGAUAGCCAGCCGAAACAAGCAGAAUAUGGUGAUGCAGAUCAUAUCGGAGUACAUAUUCCUGGAGAGAACCUCGAAAGAUGGCGACGUGCGAAAGUCGCAGUCGCUGCCCAUCAGCCAGAUGAAUCUCUUCCAGGAGUUUCAGCUGAUUAUAGCGCUGAUUGAGUACUUUUCGCGGCCAGGAAGAGAUGCCACCCGCAAUGCCAUAUUCCUCUCCCUUUUCGGCAGCCACUUGACGCCGCAGCGUUCCAAGUUGCUGUCCCGGUUGAUCAGCACAGCGGUUUCGGGAUCCGUGGCCCCGCUGCUCUCCUCGGCGGGCACAUGGAUGCAACAGGUGGGCUGCAAGACGCCACUCAGCCUGGAGGUGGCCCAGAAUAUAGUCAGCGACUUCAUCUCGUACUCCCGGAAGACGCCGGAGCAACUGAAGCAGCUGCCCAUGGUGGGUCCGCAUUUUGCGGCCAAUUUCAUGGUCGCCGUGGCGGAUCUAUAUCUCAAUGAGCAGCGUUCGCAGGCGCUGAUCCCGCCGCCGGAUGCUUUACUAGAUACCAUAACCGAAUGGAUGACGGAGAAUCCGACGCUGUGCCAGGCAUCGCAACAACCUUUGGUUCUUCCCGCCGGCGCCAUCGCCAUGCCUUUUGCAACUCCUUUGGCCGGACUCCUGCGCUGGGUGGUCCUGGCGCCCUUGGUCUCCAACCGUAGCGCCUACAGCAAUCUGCAUCUUUCCCUGCUGCGCGCCCUGCAGCAACUGGUCAGCAGUGGCGAGUCGACGGCUCUGCCCAGCCAGGAUCUUAUGCAGAUCGUGAAGUCCCUGCAAAGCCACUGUGCACGGCUGGGGGAAUCUAAAGCGGAUCCCGAGACGGAUGCUGCCUACCAGAAGUGCAUGGAGCGAUUCGCGCAGGCCGUGCAAAUUGCCCUGAGCUCCAAGUGCAUCACCAAUCAGAUUCAGCUGCUGUGCCUCCUCGAAUCUUUGCCUCCUCACAAACUAAUGAAAAUCGUUAUAGAAGCGCAUAAGAAGUAGUAGAAUAUCUAAUUAUUAAAUAUAAAGUCUUUGAAAAAGUAA